AUGGGCUGCGCCGCCCGCUGGUCGUGCGCCAUCCUCGCCCUCCACGCCUGCGGGCUCGGCGUCUUCUGGUGGCGGCUGGCGGCGCCUCCGCCCGAGCUGGCCACAGAGGCGGCGGUCGUCUCGCUGCACGACGCCGAGCCGCGCGACGCGGACGGCUCCCUGGCGGCACUGGGCUCGGCGCAGGCGAGCGGCGACGCGCCCACGCGGAGCCGCCUGACGCUGCCGUGGACGUCCUCCGGCUCCGCGUGCGAGAUCGACCGGCUGGCGGCCCAGCAGGCGUCGGCGGCGCGAGCAGCGGGUGGCGCGGCCGGCGACGCGGGCGGCGGCUUCGCCCUGCCGGGCAGCAGCGGGACGUACAGCGGCGACGGCGAGCGGUACCUGCUCUACUCGCCGCAGUUUGGCCUCUCGAACCAGCUCAUCGCGCUGCGCAACGCCGCCGGCUGGGCGUCGGCCCUCAACCGCACCCUCGUGCUGCCGCACCUCGUCGCGGGCCCGCCGCACGCGGCGGAGGUCUCGGUCGUGCCGCACGGCUCGCUCUUCGACGUCGCCGCCGCCGCGGCCAAGCUCCGGCCCGCGCUCCGGCUGGUCGAGAUGCGAUCCUUCCUCGGGCUAAACCUGCCGCCGGCGCGGCUGCUGCUGCCGGCGGCGCGGACGCGCUUCUCGAACGUGUCGUACGCCUACCUCGACGCGCUCGGCCUUUCGCGCUGGCGCGCCGCAGCCGGACCCCUCAGCCUACACCCCUCACGCACCCGCGGCUGCGGCGGGCACCGCGUGCUCGCCCUCGCCACCCUCUUCGGCGCCUUCGACCCGAAGCCCCUCGGCAGGAGCCCGCCCGAUUGGCGCGUCGGCGGCGAGGAAGGCCUCCGCUGGCUUGACCGGCGCGCGAUGCCCGCGCUGCUCGCGCCGCUUCCCUCCCUCGCGCAGUUGGUCGACCGCAUCGUCGCCGACGUGCGGCGCGGCGGCGGUGGCAGCGGCGGCGGCAGCGAUAGCGGCGGCAGCGGUGGCGGCAGCGGCGGUAGCGGCAGCGGCGGUGGCGGCGGCGGCGGCGGCGGCGCGCUCGCUUGCGUGCACUUGCGGCGCGGCGACUUUGUGGACGAGUGUCGUCGGUACGAGGAGGAGGCGCGGUCGGGGCACGCGCGCGGCUGGCUGCUCGCGCACUACGAGAGGGGCCUCUCUUGCCUGCCGUCGGACGAGGAGGCGCUCGGCGCGGCGGCCGCGGCGCGCGGCGAGAGAGUCGCCUACUACGGCAGCUCCGACGAGCCGGCGGCGCUGCGCGGCUCGCAGCCCGCCGGUACGCAGGUCGCCACCCUUGCCGACUCGGCGGGGCUGCUCGACGCCUUCGCCGCCGCCUCGCCCGAGCCGCUUCACCGCAGCGUACUCGCUCCCGUCGUCGACCAGCUGGUCUGCGCCCGCGCGUCGGCGUUGCUGCUCAACGUCUUCUCCACAUUCUCGCAGCUACUCAUGGCGCACAUCGGGAUGCGGCGGCCCGAGCGCGUCGGCUUCGUGCGCGAUCUCUCCGAGCUGGCGCAGCGCGACCUCGGCGUCCACGUCGACUUUUGGCGGCGGCAGAAUCCGUUCGACCCGGCCAAGCUGCUCGGCGUGCAGGUUGCGUGGGACGCGGGACGGCUAAGGAUGGUGGCCGCGCCCGGCGUCGUGGCCGACGUGUGA